UUAAUGGGGGACGCGGAGGAAAAAUGCCUUUGGAAAAAAAAAGAGCAUUCAGCUUGGUCAACAUUAACCUGAUCUUCUAUUCAAUUCAUCCCUAACUCCAUUUUUACAUCGUCUUUCAAAGACUUCCAUUCUAUUACCAAAAGUGCUCCGUUGUUGUAUGCGAGAUGGUCGAUAAUCACGGUGCCCAGAGACAUAGUUCCAAGUCAAAAGCCAAUUCUUCGACUUCUUCCAAUGUAGUUGGAGUCCACUAUCGUGUAGGCAAGAAGAUUGGUGAAGGCUCCUUUGGUGUAAUUUACGAAGGAACCAACCUUUUAAACAACCAACAAAUCGCAAUCAAAUUCGAACCUAGGAAAUCCGACGCUCCACAACUCAGAGAUGAAUAUCGUGCGUACAAAAUAUUGGCUGGAUCAGCCGGAUUUCCUACCGCUUACUAUUUCGGCCAGGAAGGACUGUAUAAUAUACUCGUAAUCAGCAUGCUCGGCCCAAGUCUGGAAGAUUUGUUUGAUAUGUGUGGUCGGAAAUUCAGUACCAAAACCGCUGCUAUGUUGGCAAAACAAAUGAUAACACGCGUACAAACUAUACAUGAAAAAAACUUGAUCUACCGCGAUAUCAAACCCGAUAAUUUCCUCAUUGGCCGUCCCGGACAUAAGACGGCGAACACUAUAUAUAUGAUAGACUUUGGUAUGGCUAAACAAUACCGGGAUCCAAAGACAAAGCAACAUAUUCCGUACCGUGAACGAAAAUCCUUAUCUGGUACAGCAAGAUAUAUGAGCAUCAACACCCAUUUAGGAAGAGAACAAUCCAGAAGAGAUGAUUUAGAAGCUUUGGGUCAUGUCUUUAUGUAUUUCUUACGAGGCUCAUUACCAUGGCAAGGCCUAAAGGCAGCUACCAACAAACAAAAGUAUGAAAAGAUUGGUGAUAAGAAACAAAGUUCAGCAAUUAAGGACUUGUGUGAUGGCUAUCCAGAGGAAUUUGGAAUAUACCUGCAAUAUGCUAGAAAGUUGUCUUUUGAGGAAACUCCAGACUAUGACUUCUGUAGAGAAUUGUUCGACAAAGCUUUGCAGCGAGUGAAUGAAGAAGAUGACGGUAUAUAUGACUGGAUGUUGCUCAAGAAUAGCCAGUUUGUUGAGGGCUCCUCACCAUCGCCACAACGAGGUUCUAAUUUGCCACCAAAGAAAGACAGGGGUGAACGACAACAGCUUACUGGAGAAGGUGUUAACAUGAACGACCAAGGUAAUCCGUAUCAAGCUACAGGAAAACCUCAGCGAUACAUGGACGUUAAUGCACCAGCUGCGAAUCACUAUAACGAGAAUGAGGGCCGAGCCCAUCGUGGGUUCUGGGCUACUAUUUUCGCUUUCUUCACCUGUAAACUAUGUGAUUAAUUUUCCUCUCCCCCCCUCAAACGACCCAAGUAAUAUCACACAAGCUCUACUCCCGUUCUCAUAAUGAUACCUCUCUUGAAGGAACCCACCUUCCACUUUCUUCUACCUCAUUUUUUUUCCCCUUUAACACGAUUUCUUCUUUGUGUGUUCACCUUCAUGAUAAACCUCUAUAACGCUUCUUUUUUGUCCUUUGCUAUUCACAACACAUGAUAUGAAAAACAGGCAACUCCUC